AAAGGUUGAAGAGUGUCGGGUUGCCAGACAUCUUUCACGAAAUUGUCGAGCAAUAAUUUAGCGCCUUCCUCGGGAUAUUAAGUAGGAUUAACAGGGUCACCGCAAACCUCAUAUUACAGGAUCCAUUUCGAAUCCUAAUUUCAACGAAAUGAAUGACUGCCGGUUGACGGGGAUUUUCAAUGGAUUAUAGAUCAAGCGACCCUUCUUUUUUCGAAACGGAAAGUCUGAAUGGACGAGAAAGAGAAGGGAACAAGCAACAUCUAUGUCUUCUGAGGCCUUAAUCUCUUCUCCUCAUCGAGGGAGGAAAAAAAAAAGAAGGAAAGGAAAGAAACCAGGAAGAGGAUGUACCAGGUGGCUGCGCGAAUGCCGUACGAUUGGAUCGAGCAGCAUCUUGGAAUACAAGAUGAGACGAAUGAGACUAGGGAGUUGGGAUGUUCGAAAGCUCCGCCUGGUUUUCGGGACGUCCCAAAUCUCGCGCCCCUCCAAAUAACAUCUUUUCUAAUGCCUCGAAAACGGCGGGCUUCGACAUCGUCAUUGGAAGAAUAUCAUUCUGAAGAGAAAUACAUGAAAGAUGACAUAGACAGUCGCGCGCCGAGAAAUGCUGCCAAUGCUCGCGAAAGAGCUCGGAUGAGAGUAUUAAGCAAAGCUUUUGGAAGGUUAAAAACUUCCCUUCCAUGGGUUCCAUCAGAUACGAAAUUGAGCAAACUCGAUACCUUAAGACUAGCAUCAACGUACAUAGCCCAUCUACGAGCCGUACUCCGCGAUGACGGCGAAGCUCAUCCCGAAAGUACCAAAUCUUUGUCACUUGCGUUGUCGUGGCCAUUCGCUAUUCAAAACACCAACACUACCACACUUAUGAACAACAGUUGCAACGUGUCCUCCUCGACAUCUUCGAAUUGUAAUCAGUAUCGAGGACAACAAGCGACUCAUGAUAUCCAAAACUUCCAUCAUUCGGGGCAUCAGAGCAUGUCGACACGCCAUAAUCUUCAGGGAGGAGAGCAACAGCUCUCUUAUUUCUAACAAAAAAUUCUGAUAAUGCGAUCAAAGCUGACUACAACGAGCGAUAUCUACGAGGAACGACCACCAGCCGGGAAUCAUACAAUUAUGACGGUGCUGUCGUUUUCACGCCUUAUUUAUUCCAGUGUGCCUUAUUCUUUUAGUAUUUAUUAAUUUACUUUUAAUGCAAUUGAUAACGAUUAUACACUCAUUUGUGUGACAGGGAAAUAAUUUAUCUGUCAAUAGCAUUUAUAUAUUAAUUUAUGCAUCUUUUGUGCAUCGAAGAAAUGCAAACACAUCUUUUGUGUGCAGUCUUAAUGAAAUAAAUUUAGAGGAGAAUGAACGAAAUAUUAUCUUUUUUCGUUUUCAAAAAAAAAUAUAAUAAAAAUAUAAUGAGAAUUCUGAAAUUCCCGAUUUAUCAAACAUUUCGUAAGAGAUAUUAAUAUUCGCAUAGAAAUUGUUUCCUUGUCUCACAUAUUCAAUUAUUGCAAUAUCACAUAAUAUUGUAAUCGUGUAAUUGAUACCAAAGCAUAUCAACUAGUCCAAAAUAAAAUAUUUUUAAGAUUUUCAAUAAU